AGAAGAGUUUCAGAGCAUUGUAAGGUCCAAUCUUCAAUGUUCUAUCUCAAGCCAUGCAUAUCUCCGGCUCAGAAACUCAGUCCCCGUCAAACAAAGUGAUUUCUCCGGCCGAAACCCAAUCCGUUAAAUGCGAUUCCUGCGGCUUCACUGAGGAAUGCACCCCGGCGUACAUCCUCCGUGUCCGGGAACGCCACCAGGGCCGUUGGAUUUGCGGGCUCUGCAUCGAGGCCGUCAAGGAUGAGGUGCAUAGAUCUGACACAGCCAUCUCCACCGCAGAAGCCCUGAACCGCCACAUCAACUUCUGCGAGGAGUUCAGGACGUCCUUUCCUCCAGCCAAAACAGAGCAUCCAAUCAUUGCCAUCAGCAAGGUUCUCCGCCGCAGGCGGAACUCUUUCCAAGUUCACCACUCCAACUCCAGCACCUCAUUGCCUACUGUGGAAGGAGUCACAACUCCGACCCUCCUUCGAUCUGGAAGUUGUUUCCCAGCUCUAUCUAGGUAAAUAUUAAAACCCAAAAAUCAAAAAUCAAAAAAAUAAAAGAAUGGCUUUUCUUAUGGUUUAAAUCAGAUUUAUAAUCCUAUAUGGAGUACAUAGCUAAUAAACAACUAUAAGCUUC